UUGUUUAAAGAACUUAUAGCAGAAACUAUAUCUUGGAAGACUUCUGAUUUGGACUUCAAAGAGCGAGGUGCUUUUAGUCAAUUGGAAUUGACCGUACUAGAGGCAGAACACUACAAGGUGGGACUGACUUAUACCAGCGCCAGUCUGAACAGAGCGUAUCAGGAUCAUUACAUCUACGACAGAGACUUAGAAGAAGAUACGGAUUUGAUAAGAUACACAAUGGUACCUCCUCCGACCUCCCAAUUCGCACUUGGCUGUGUAGCAACAAUCUUUGAUAUCUACGCCCGUAAGAGUGAGCCAGUUUUCAUAAGAGAAGAUGCACCACAUCCAGCUUCCGUUACUGGAGAAGAUUCAGCAGGUGAAAACGCAAGUUUCGACAUGGUUUUAGCGAUAGUGAGCGCGGUGCUACUUGCGUUAUGA